AUGAUAGAGAGCCAACCCGUCGGCGGCGGCGGCGGCGACCACCUGACCGCGAAUGAUGGCGAUAAACUUGACGCUUCCAGGGGUAAUGCAUUGAAUGAGGACGAGGAUGAUGCCAACGAAAUCGAUUCGGAAGACGAAGGCGAUCCCGACGCCCUGGACUUGGACGACUUGGAGCGGUCGUUGACGCCGCUCCAAGUGUCCGACACGUCCCUCCAGCGCAUGUCGCGGUCCGAGUCGGCCGAGAUCUUCUCGAAAAAGUACGUCGAGCGCCACCAAGUCAAGUCAGACAUGCUCUUGGACGAGAAAACCAAGCGACUGAACAAGGAACGGCGUCGACAGCUGCACAUUCAAAAGUGGCAGUGCAAAACCACAAAGUCUCCGUUCAAGGUCAACUUGGUGGCCGACAACGAGCGCUUGGACGAGGAGAAUCGCGUGCGGAUGCUGGAGCAAGCGCGGCGGGUGCGCGAACUCGAGCGCAAGACCAAACAGAUCAAGAACGACAUCAUCUUGAAAGCGCUGCAGGAAACGUCCGACUUGGACGCGCUUCGCCGCGAAAAGCGCGUGAUCAUCGAAGAAGAGAAGCGACUUAAAGCGCUGUUGGACCUCGAGAAAACCAACUCACAUCGCAAGAUGGACAUGCUCGCGGCGCAAAAUGCCGAAAAGCGGCGAAAGCAGGAAAAGAUCGAGUACCGCAUGAAGCAACGCAAGGACCAACUCCACGACCGCGACGAACGAUACAAGGACUUGCUCAAGAGCAAACUCGCGUUGUGA